AUGGAUGGGGCUGCUGCUAAAGUUAUUUCUGUACCAGAAAAAAUAUGGACAAAGGCAUUUCAACAUGAGACAACAAAAUGUGAUAUUGUUGAGAACAAUAUGUGCGAGAGUUUUAACUCUAGUAUCUUUGUUUCUAGGGAGAAAUAUAUUUGCAUUAUGUUAGAUUUAAUAAGGAGGGAUGUCACGAACAAGAGAAUUAAGAAUCACAUAUUAGUGCAUAAGUGGCCCCACAACAUCUCACCCAAGGCCAAAGAAUUGCUUGAAGUUAGUAAAUCUCAACAUCAUGAAUGUCACGUAUUCUUUUUUGGUGGUAAAGGUUAUGAAAUAACCCAAGGUAACCAUAGACAUACCGUUGAUCUUUUCAACGAAAUAUGCUCUUGUCGACUAUGGAAUAUAAGUGGCAUUCCGUGUGCUCAUGUUGUUCGAGCAAUUAAUUAUGCUAAUAAUGGCACUUUAGAAGAUUAUGUUUCUCAUUGGUACAAGAAAAAUGCAUACUUGAAAACAUAUUCAUUUGACGUAAAUCCUUUGAGGGGGGACAAGUUUUGGCAUAGUGAUUGUAACUUAAAAAUUUUACCGCCAAAAGUGGGAAGAUCAGCUGGUAGGCCUAAAAAGAAAAGAAGACGUGCUCCUGAAGAACCUAAAUCUCAUGGAAAAAUGUCUCAAAGAGAUAUAUUGAUGCAUUGA